AUGAUACUUCUGUAUAUUCUUUUCGUUUUCUCCCUCGGGAUAUCUGGUGAACAGUGGCCGGUACCUUAUAAACGAUAUGAAAGCCGACCACCAGCCAAUCCAUUCUGCAGGGCAGGUGUCAUCGCCUUCUGUCCCACAGGCCGGGCCGCCAAUACCAUGCCGAAAUUUGACCCCUCCGAUCGGGUUGAGGUGUAUGCCCUGAAGGCACCGGUUUGGGAGUUUAAGUUUGGGGAUCUUCUGGCUAAAUUUAAUAUAAUGCAUGAUGCUAUAGGGUUUAACAAUUUGAACACCGGUAAGAAUUAUACCAUGGAAUGGUACGAGCUGUUUCAGCUGUUUAACUGUACCUUUGCUCACAUUCUGUCCAAUGAUACAUUGAAAUGGUGCAAUCAAGGAGCAGCUUGUAUUUACGAUGGAAUCGACGAUAUUCAUUGGUCUCAGAACGGUACCUUGGUGAAAGUGGCAGAAAUCACAGGUGGGAAAUUUAACACUUUCAAUGAAUUUGGAAAUUGGUCGGAAUGGGACAACAAUACAGGUAUCUACUACGAAACAUGGACAGUAGCCGAAUCCCCUGGUGGUGAAGUAUGGUUCGAACCCAACGAUUGUGCCAGUUUUGUGUUGCGAGCCUUUCAGAAAAUGGCGGAUCUGGGUGCUGUAUUUGAUACUAAUGUUCAUCUGAACUAUACAAAAAUAACACUGUACAGUGAGACACCGGUAUAUCUGGGACCAGCCUCCAUUUUAUUCGGUCCAGGGGCAAACCAAACUUUAAAAUCCGACAUCUUAGCAUUUUAUAGUAAUUUUCAAUCUCACCAAGACGUCGGCCAUCUUGUUGAGAGUCUACUUGCAGUAUAUCAGGAAGUGGUAGAGGCUGGACGAUUUUAUUUUUUCUAUAAUUUUGAAUAUUGGUUUUUACCCAUGAAAACACCCUAUGUGAGGCUGUCGUACGAUGAAAUAGGACUACCCAGUAAAAAGAGGCACCCCUCUUUUCAAAUUGAACCUUAA